UCGUCAUUGGUUGCCGCUAGUAGGACUUGCGAUGGCUGCAGCUCUGUCUCGCGCCCUCAAGUUGCCCGGCAAGAAGGGCUCUGAGCUGGGGGACUAUGACCCGCUCACCCAGGCAGACAGCGAGGACGACAGCGAAGAGGACGACCUGGUGCUCAACUACCCUCGCAACGGCCUGGGCAGGAGCAACAACAUCGGCACGGCCACAUCAGACACACGCAGCGGCAACAGCAGCGGCCGGGGUGGCAGGUUCAGCCCAGACGAGGAGGAAGAUGAAGAUGACGAGUGGAGAGAAAGACCCAGGGGGAAAACGCGACUAGACACAGAGGAAUGUAGCACCAGACAAAAGUACUUCAGUCAACGGGAGAUUGGCAGAGAUGGCGCCGGUGAGGAUGCGCAAGGGAUGCACUCUUCAGGCAGUACUGGCAUGGGGUCAGAGUGCGACCUGGAUGAGAAGAAGGCCAAGAUGGUUGGAGCCAUACGCACAGCUGCCUUCAUGGUGCCCCUGUGCACAGCCAUGGUGGUGGUGCUCCUGUGUGCCUUUCUCCUGCCCUGCCCUGCAAUUGGACUGGACCGGAGGCCGGAGUGGGAGCGAGAGCUAGGAGGCGAUGCAGGAGGUGUCAUGUCACUCCCACUGGCGUUGUGGGAUCUGGACAGCGAUGGUGUAGAGGACAUAUUGAUAGGUGUCACCCAGCCCUCCAAUGACAGCCAGAUGUCCAGUUCACAACUCAACAGUAAAGAGCACAGUGUGGUGGCCCUGUCUGCCACUAAUGGAGGCAUGUUGUGGAGGUAUCCCCUGAGGGAGCCAGUGAAGUCCGUGCAGUGUGGCCUACAGACUGGAGCAUCAGCAUCACCGGCUACACCAGCAUCAGGACCACACCCAGCCAAGGCAGCUCACAGGCGACAGCAUGCUCUGAGCCCUUCUCUCCAGCCUGAUCCCGUGUGCCUGCUCGCAGGGUCCUCCCAUCUCAUUGCCGUCAAUGGCACUUCAGGAAAGAAGCUGUGGUCUGUUGCCGUUGGCGAUAUAGAGUCACCAGCGGUGUCCCUCCCUGAUGUGGAUGGAGACUCCGUUCCAGAUCUGCUCAUCGUCACGCUGCCUGAUGACCAUGUGUCGGACCUUUCCCUGGUUCUGUUGUCUGCACUAAAAGGCACUCCGAUUGGUAAUCCAGUGACCUUUAACCUCACAGCACAGGGCAAGCUGAUUGGCCCUCUUCUCCAUGAGACCAAAGUGGGGGCCUACUACAUUCUGUUUGGAUUAGGCACUGUGGAGGCAGUGACACUGAGGGACAUCUACAGCAAGGCCAGUGGAGAAAGGGUUGUAGGACCCAAGCUGAAGCGGAAGGACCCUCGCUGGGAGAGGCUGAGGAAAUCAAACUCUUCUUCACUCAUCCAUAUAUCAAGCGGCCCAGAGCAGGUGAGAUUCCUUGUCCCCCUGGUGGCUGGUCAGUGCAACAACCACAAUAACCUGGAUGGAAUGUCCACCCUGAACUCCAGCCAGAGCGACUGGGUGGUGGUGUGCGGUAACAGCAGUCUCUCUGUGCUGGAGGAGAGUGACACCCGAACCGUGUGGAAUCACAGCGCACCAGCCAUUCACAGCCGCCCGAGUCCAGGCCAUUUCAAUGGAGACGGAGUAGCGGAUGUGCUCAUUCAGAUGACUGCUGCUCCAGGCGUGAGAAAGGUCCGGAUUAUAGAUGGAGCCAAUGGCAAUAACCUGUGGGAGAGGGAUUUUAUCUGCCCACGCCUCGCACAGGAAGGCUCUGCUGUCAUGACGACAGUCGGCCAAUCCUUGUUUCUCUUCUGGGCGGGUGAUCCUCUGAAACCAGACUGGAACGCUACCAAGACUGGUGCAGCGCCAACUGACCCGGUGGUCCGCAAGCUGUUCCUACUGCACCCAUCCUAUCCCACAGUGCUGCUGGAGCUGGCCAGCACCACUGACACAGUAUUGACUGCUGCAGUGAGUUAUGAAGAACAGUGGAAGGAUGCAGCGUACAUCGCUGUGUUCUCGCGGCCCACGUCUGGCCUGGGGCUGGGCACUCAGGUGGUUAAGAGCAUGAGCCUGAAGACCGCUAUCUCAGGGGCACAGAUACGACGCCUCGGGGAGGAGAGCAGGGCUCCUGGCCCCGUCCAACCGGGGAAUUUCGAGAUCACUAAGUUCUUUGGCCAGCUGUCAUUUAAAGAUCAGUGAUUGGUGUACAGACGGUUUACAGAUCUGAUGGAGACAAAGCCUGGGGAUCUCUUCACAGUGAAAGAAUAUGGAUAUCUCUUUUUUUUGCCAGCCCAAGACAUUAAGUUUAUAUGCACUAUGUAAGCAUGCUGUUUGUACACCAGUCUUCUCUGUGGACUAGAUACUUGUAUUAUACUGGACAUUUCUGUACA